GAACUUCCCUAUCCAAGAUGGCGGAGAAAGUUCGGUCCGAUUGUUAUUGUAGAGUGACUAUAGAAAGAUUUCACUUGGAUCUGUAGCCGCUUCUAAAAUGGCGAACUGCAAGUGGAAUAAGCUGUUGUUGUAAAUAAUGAAACUUCUAUAUAAUUUUUUUUUGGAAAUGUUUUUCAUGAGCAAUUAAAUUAACUUAAAGAAUAGUCUGAAUACAGAUUAAUAGGCUUAAUUUUUAACAAGAGUCAAGAGACACUCAACUGAAUGAAAGCUGAAACUGAAUGUGAAUUAGUUAUUAGGGCUAGGCUUAUUAAUGUUUAAUUUAAGCUAUUUGAAUGUGAAACUUAUAUUCAUUGACCGGUAAAUGUCAAGUUUAGCAUCCCAAAUUAUUUUUCUCUAUAUUAAAUAGGUAAUUUAGGCCAUUUGUUGUAGAAAAGUUAAAAAUGGAGAGGGAUAUUACUCAAGAACUGACCAAAGCCCAAAUGCGGAUCACAUUAUUUAAAUAUAUCAUUUGUCAUUCACUUCCAAUUGACUCAAUUUUUGUAUAAAUUGAUGAGUCUAAGUCUAAACACUUCCACCACAAAUGCUGAAGACAGUUGUGUGAUUGUGAUGGCCAUUGGGUGUUUUGCAGGAUCGAGAGAAUGGCUGGUAAAUGCUUUCUGAUAGAAGUCCUGAAUCGCACUGCAGCUAUUUUGACGGCAGAAAUAGUUGCACAUAUAAAAAUAAUGCUUGGAACUGUAUCUGACAGCUGGGCUGCUUUUGUCUAUAUUCCAAUGAUUCAUCAUUGCAUAUACACUCAUUCAAUGAACUCAUUCUGUGACUGGUGGUUCAUCAGGCUAAUUUUAUUAUAUAAUAUAAUUAUAUUGAUGGUCACACACAAAAUGUAGAAAAGAACUGGAUGAGCGCCAAAAGAAAGCUGAAGAGACCAUAUGGGACUACCAUGGGCGCCCGACGGGGGGGCAAGGGGGGCAUAAAAAAUUUUUAUACAAAAAAUUUAUUAAAGUAAAGAGAAAAUAAAGAGAAAGUAACUUAGCUGAUGUCCGUUCGUUCACCAUACAAAUACGCUACAGUACAUUAAAACUAUAUUAAAACAUUACUAAAAAAUUUUUGCCCCCCCCCCCUGCAAAGUAAAAGGUUUUUUUUCCCCCCCCCCCCCCCCUAGAAAGUUUUCUGCGGGCGCCCAUGGGGACUACUCAUGCACGGUUCCCUUUUUAACCCCAGAAAUUCAUUUUUAUAAACUCAAUUUGUCAUGGAAAUGUUCUAGGAACAUUCCUGGUUGUGAUUACUUACUGAAAAGGUAUCCAGUUUAAACAAGUUGCAAUUGAAACAGUUGAAACAUUAAUAAAGUUUCAUUUUGUGCUUGAAAUAAUAAAUACAAAUUUCUGCCUGUUAUUCUGAAGUUUUCAUCCGGUGCUUCUGUUGUUAAAUUUGUGUUAGGCAAAAACCAAUUAUCUGGGACAUUAAACUUUACUUUCACCCCUAGUCCUACCUCACAGGCCUAAUCCAGGCUAAACAGUAGAGUGGGGCUAAAAUAUCACUAAAAGUUUGUUCUGUAUCUCAAUCUAACUCGUUCUGACUCUGACUGAGUUUUAAAGGAAAUUUAUGAUGCUAUCAUUAGGUUUACUGGUAUCUAGAUUUAGAGGCGUAGCUAGAAUGUUUGGAGUCUGCUGGAUAGGAUUCAUUUUUACCGCCCCCUCACCUCUGAAUCCCAUUAUUUUCUUCAAUAAAUACCAUCAAAGCCCCCAAUAGUGUGGCACCUGGGGAAAUCUGCCCCCUCCCCCUCCUUAGCUAAGCCUCUGUAAAGAUAAACUUUUAAUUAUUUAAUUAAGGUAAAAUAAGAAUAGGCCUAAUGCUAGUCUUAAAAUAUACUAAAGAAAAGAAUUUCUUUUUCUCCCCAUCUUGGAUUAGUUUUUGGAAAUGUUAUUAGUGUUUUAAAACUAUUGCAAUGUAAACUUUUUUCCUGGUCUUUCCAGACUUAACUAGCUCGAUUCUGGAUAUGACAUAAUCCAACAAUUUUUUUUCUCAAGCCUUUUUUUUUUAUAUGUCCCAAUCAUUGCUGGACUGAUAUGUCACACAUUUCUACUUUCAACCACAGGCUCAGAUUUUGUACAACAUUAAUUAAAUACAUUGUUAAUGUGUGUAUUUAAAUGGUAUGUGCCUCAUGUGGUGACUUUAAUUUAACUUAUGUGCAUUCAAAGAAUCAAGAUUUUAAAAAUAAAUAAUGUGGGUGGGUGUUAUGUGAGAUUAUAUCAAAUUUAAAUAAAGGUAAAUUAUGUUCAAAUUCCUAUGUUUAGAACAACCACUAAAGCAUCAGAAAUACAUUCAUGAUUUAGCACAUAGCCAGAAGCGGAGCAGUGCUAAACCAGUGCCUUUUUGGAAAGCUGGAAAACUUAUUUAUCAGAAUUUUUUUUACAAAAGUUGAAAUUUCCUUAUUGCCUACAUCAGGGUCUCAAACUCAAAUCAUCCGGGGGCCGCAGGAGGUAGAGUCUGAUUGAGACUGGGUCGCAUCAAGUAUUCCACAAAAAAUGCGAUUACAAAUUCAUUAAAGUACAACUGUUACAAUCUGCUCAACCUUUAUUAAUAACAAAUAAAAACAUUAAGGGUUCUCAAGAACUAGGCUUCACUUUCUUCCUCCUAAUCAGUGCCUCUUCAUACACAGCUGAGCAACUUUGUCUAGAGUGAGGAAGCAACUGACACCCUCAUUAUGGCUCGAAGAUGCUCAUCAGUAAGUUUGGCCCUGAAUUUUGACUUCUUAACGUUGAUAGUGGAAAAGAGCUUUUCACACAGAUAGGUACCCCCAAAAAGUCAUAUGAUCCACUUGAACAACCUGGAAAUCUCAGUGAAGGUGGAGGGGAAUGCUCUCAUAAAAUGUCCAUACUUGUCUGUUUUUCAAUUAACCUCCCUGAACUUAGAAUUGCACUGAAGAUCAAUCAGCUCCAUUUGAAGCACACAAAAAAGGGGAGUGGGGGGGGGGCAUCUUCCACGUUAAAGGAGAAAGGGUCAGUAAAAAGCUGAAAAGUGGCUGUUUGUGUUUUGAAGUCUAAAAAAUGUGAUCAAAUUCUUCCUGCAGCUUUGCAAUCGCAUCAGUAUACUUACUACUGGUUGGUGUGCCCAAGACCAUGAAUACUUUGCAUGUUGUUAAAUGGCAGAGGUUUCUCUAAGAACCAUAACACAAGUUUUGUACAGAAUGCCCUGGCAUUGUCACAGGCAACACUUACAUGCUACCCCUGGUCGUGUAACUUCUUGUUGAGUACACUCAGCUCCUGUGUAAUGUCAUCAAGAAAAGACAAGUUCAUGAGCCAUUUGGGAUCACUUAGUACAGGAACAACCACCCCAUCCUUCUCCAUGAAGGCUUUAAAUGCUAAAACGUGUCCAAGCAGGAGCAGGCCAUAUUUAUUAAUUAUUGAUGCAAAGGAAGAAGCUAUUGUAGGGAGAAUGAAUUUUGAAUUUUUAUCUUAGAAAAGACAUUUUUUGACUAACCCUAUUUUGAAAACGACCAAGCUGACAGGCUCGGAAAUUCCCUCACUCAUAAACACUAUCAGCAAUAUUAAUAGGGAUUCUUUGAUACUGUGUCGGAUUGCUACGAUUUACACAAUUAUGGUUGUGCAAUACCCAUCAACUUACUUUUUAAAACUUUUCACAAAACCGCACUUUUGCCAUGUUUGUCUCAUAAAAAGCUAUAAAAUAAAAACAUUUUAGUCCAAUUUUAAAACGGUUCUUACCAUUAUCAACAUACAAAUGUAUACAAACAUAAUAAAAAUUAGAAUAAGACUAGUCGGUGAGAUUCGACUGAAACCGUCGCAGAGGGUCACAUUAAAGAUAUGAGAAUGGGGAAAACGCGCCAGUCGUAUUAACACUAAACUUUGCUGUCAUAUAGCGGGCCGCAAAUGGCCUACAUGGAAAUAAUUUAUCUAAACUUCAAGGAAAUUAUAAUUUAAUUAAAACCAGUGCAUGUAAUUAACAUCAAAUUUUUUAAUUAAUUGCUGUCACAUUGUCAACAAAUAAUUGUAAUUGAUUAAGUUAAGACCGACAUUUCUAUUGUAAGUAGCCUGUCUGUCAUGGUUUUCUUUUUCCUCUUUGAAAAAAUACCAUUUUAAAAUGUAUUCUAAUUUGAGAGAUUAUAUUAUAGUCUCUUACUUACAGUCAAAUUAAUUAUCGUUCUAAUUUGUGUUUUAAUAACAUUGGUUACGAAACAGCAAAGCCUCUAUUAGUGGCAUUUUGCAACAUUUUUAAUUACGAAUGUUCAAACCAUUUACCUGCUGUAGACUUGUGUAAUUUUUUUUCUCAAAAACAAUAAUUUAAAUGCUUUCCUGCUUAUGUAGGUAAUGUUACUCAUGUUUGUAUGAUUUUAUACUAAAAAUUAUCCAGGAAUGUUGGUGAAAAAAUGUGAUACCAUGUUCAAAAUAAUCCCUAAAUUGUAUCACAAACUAUGCAAUAUACUUAAAAAUGUGUAAAGGUAUUAGAAUCAAGUUUAAGAGGUUUAUGAAAUUAAAAGAAUAAUUUAAAAUUUCUGAACAUAAGUUUUGAUGCAAACACACAUUGGUAAUUUAUAUGAAACUUUUUAAAUUUUAAGUAUCUGGAUUUACAUCUCAUGAGUUAUUUUUUUGUCAUAGUUUGUAAAUUGAUUUUUGCAUAGUUAUUGGGUUAAAGGAAAUAAAUUGGCUCCGUUUCUCAAUAUUAUUUUACAUAAAAUGUUUCAAUUUCAAUUACUUUUAUUCAGUGUUGAACGUGGUGUUUAAAAAGUGAAAGACAUUGAACAUGCAGACUUGGGCCUUUGAACCUAGAUACCCAUCUAGAGGCUUACAGUAAAUUUUACUUGUCUUAAAAUGGAGUUCAGAGAUAUAAUUGAAAUUCAUCGAUCAAAGCUAGAGCAAACAGUGGAUGUAGAGAAGCUUUAUCACCAACUGCAGCAGGAGAAUGCUAUCACCAUGGAUGAGAUUUCUCUCAUAGAGGAUCUGCAAAGCAAGCCUGCUAAAGUUGGUAAACUUCUUGACAUCCUGCUGUCCAAAGACAGUGCAGCCCUACAGAGUCUGUACUUAGUGUUACAGAAUGUGUACCAACAGUUGCUCACGUCUAUGUUGUCUGACACACAAUUCUCUACUAGCCGGGGAAAGCAGCCAGGUAAUAAUUUUCAAAAGUGAUUUAAUGUUGAUGAUUUUUAGUAUGUUAUAUAUUAGAUAGUUAUCAGGGUCUCCAAUCCCAGAAAAUUGUGUAUUCAUGAUCGCUUAAAACUUCAUUUGCACUCCACAUUUUGGUUUUAAGUGAAAUGAAUUAAAUUUGAGUCAGUGUUCAGAUUUAAAACUCACUAAAUGCUCUAAGGAUGAGAUGGCCUCAAGCAUCAUUACAUACGUGGAAUUAUCAUUUUUUUCACCUUCAGCCCAUUGAAUUGUUAUAUAAUUAAACUUAAGACAUUUAACAAUGUAGUCAUCUUCUAUUUCAGAGGAGUCUUGUUCAACUUCUGUAACCUCAGAUUCAGAAGAUGAUGUGAGUCAAGGACAGAUCAGUACUGGUUAGUAUUAUACCAUAAAAAUUGCACAAUAUCAUCAUCUGGAUUCAUUUUAUUUUCUGUAGUUAAGUGUUGAAGCUGGCAUUCAUUUGGUUUUCUAAUUUUGUUUUAAGAUUUUUUUUCUCUUAUGUUGUAUGAAACAAAAUUUGGUGAGGAUUUAUAUUGCCUAUCAUACAAUCUACUACGGUACUCCACCCAAAAUCUCUGAAAAAUAUUUUGACUAAGUCUCACAACCCCUACAAAAGUAACCAUAUUUUAAAAUAAUUACUUAGAUCACUUUAGAAUUACAGAGAGACGUGUUGAACUAAGUCGAUGAACUUUAAUGAAGAUUUUAACAAUUAUUUAAACAUUAAUAUCAAUAGCCAUUUUUUUCAUUAUAAAACUCAUUUCCUUGAGUCCGUUGUUUGCAAGCGCUUGUUUUUUUUUAAAUUAGAGAACUUUGGUGCACUACUAUUGUAAUUGUAGUUUCAGAUUGCUUGAUGUUUUUCUGUAUUGUAUAUAUUGCAAUGCACAUUAGCAGUACCCACAGACCUAUGAGAAAUAUUAUUAAGAUGAUUGCUAGUAAUGCUCUAAAAGAGCUUGAAUUUAAUAGAUGAACAUAAGAAUUGCUUAAUUGGACACUAACAGAAAGUUGAUUGCAGCUUUCAUGGAAGUAAAUGUGGCCCUCAUCUAAUUAGCCACAAGAACAUAGAAUUACAAAACAGGUUACAGAUUCAAUUAACUUUAUAUUUAUUGGUAAGAUGCAAGGGAGUGUUAUGUUGGUUUAUAAUUACAAUUCUUGUCCAACUGGUCUAUUAGUAAUUGCAACCUUGAUUGUCAGCAUGCCUCAUUAGCCCAUGAUUAUGAUAAGACAAAGCCUAGGCAUUGUUUCAAGUCCACUAAUGAUCCCCUCCCUGGCUGUAGGGAUCAAAUAUCUAAAUUUGUUAAGUAAAAGUCACUUUGGUCAGAGCAAUGAUAAGAAGGCCUUACACGUUGCUAGGUAGAACAACCCUCUUGGCCUCUAAAAUUGAAGAUCCUCAAAUAAUAUUAAUUUUAACCACAGAGAUGACCUCUUAGUACUGGGGAUGAAAUUAGAAAUUUUAAUAAAUGGUUUGGUGCAUUUAAAAAAAAAAAUUGAGCAAUCCCAAAAUCCUAUAUAUUGCCACAAUGCAUAAUCAAGAAAAUUAGAAAAAAAAAUGUUUAUCUUUGGUGCAUUGCUUUUAUUUUACUUCAGAACUUUGAUAAUAGGGUUAGGGAUAUCCAAAGCAAAUUUCAGGCCGUUUAAUUAAUUUUUUUCCCAUUUUUAUAAUAAGCAAAAAUUAAAGAUAAAAAACGCACCAAAUUUGACUUGAUGUCAUUUGUUGGUAACUAGUAGCCAAAUAUUUAUAGUGAUCUCCCUCCAAUGUUUUAACUUGCUUCCUCUGGUUUUAAGAUUAUAGUUCUUUUGCAUUUCCUGUAAAAAUAUUAUAAUAUUGUUGUUUUAGCACCCUAGUAACCAAGUGUAAACAAUGGUUGCUAUGCCAAAUUUACUGAUGAGAAAGAACAUAAAUAUGCAACAAAAAAGAAAUGCAUUUAAAUGUUAAAUUAUAAGUUAAAUUUGUAGUCAAAAUUUUGCAUGUAGAUUGCAAUUAUGCACUAACUUUAAUUAAAAAUGUCAAAUAUCACAAUUUUCUAACAAAUUUUGGGGGAUGAGCUACCUUAAUUAAGGAUGGAUUGAGGUGGCUGAGUGGUCAAGUAACUCAAUACAAAACCUCAGGCAUACUCAGACAACUGCACUCUGAGUAGAUGGGUCUCAUCAACUUUGAUGGUGGCUUUUGUCAAAGAAGGAAACUCUGAUUAAAAACCUCUGCAGCCUUGUGCCUACAGACACAUGGUUUAAGGCUGAUGGGAGACAACUCCAACAGAAAAAUCUGGAGAUUGAAUGUCGUAGGUGGUAUGACACUUACUCAAUGAAAAUACCUGCAAAUCAUGCCAUGUCUAUGGGUCCAAGCCCUAUCAUCCAAUUUCAUGUUCCCUUUUGUUGACUAGCUGCUUGGAGAGACUUUUCCGCUUUCUAGGAUCCAGCUUAUUCUCCUUAACAAAAUCCCAGGGAUGGUGAUUUCAUUCAGCAUCUCACCUUGAAAUGGACAGAUGCCAAAAUUAAAAUUUUAUGUUAAGGAAAAGGUGUUGAUUUAAAUCAUAAAAGAAUUUUUCAGGAAUUUUAAUUAGAAAAAUAUAUUAUUAGAAUAUUGCGUUGUGCAGUUAAUCACUGUACAGUUAAUAUAUUCACUUUUAAGUUGUAUUUUAAAUUGAAGUUUUGUAAUAUUUUUGGGGUACGAGAAUGAUUUUCUUAGGUUUAUGUUUUAUCUCUUAUUACUCUACCCAAUUUCUUGUAAUUUUGCAGUUUUAUUUAGGUUAGUUUCAAGUAUGGGUCAAAUAUUUGACCCAAUAAUGCUACCAUACCCAUUUCUACCGCCUGACUUCUUAAUUUUUUGAAGACAAGUAUUGUCAUUGGGAAUUGGGGGUGGGGGGGGGGGGGGGGGGGGGGGGCAGGAUGUAGCUUCAUUAGUUCUAUUCAUUCUAUAAAUAAGAUAUUUCCUGUUAUGGAUCUCAGCUCAGCUCAAUUAACCAAAGCUUAAUCAGAAGUUCUAAAGGCAGGUUAACAGAAACCCCAAAAGAUGUUUUACAAUGUGAAGCUCAAUCAAAAGCUUUGUGCCAGAAACAGUUUAUAAUAUUGAAAUAUCAUUUAUGGUAAAAAGUACUGUUUUGAAAUUGAGACAACAGUAACUCAGUAAGCUUAUAAAUUAAUUUUGCCUCUAUAAAGUAACAACCUUUCAAUAAUGUUUUAGAUGGGAGCCAUCUAAUAUAGGCUAAUAUAUAGAAGCAAAAUGCACAAUAGCACAUUAGCAGGGAUUUUAAAUUCCAUUGAGAGUUUUGGAUAAUUAAGAGAAUCAAGUUAAAAAUGAUGUUUUUAGUCUUUGAAACAGAGUUUUUGAAACCCUUACUUUAACAGUCAAGUUAACUGAAGAAAAGCUCAUUACAUUGACAAAUUUAACUGUUUCCAUAAGCAAUACCAUAUCAGUAUUUUGAAUUUCAUUUAUGAAAUUUAUGCUAUGGCUAUGAUGUUAGUUUACUUUAUAAGUUAUAAAUAUAAUAUUACUGUGCACUUAAAAUGAACUAAAAGAGCCUGAUUAAUGUAAUUUCUUAAUUAGUAUAUCAACAAUUAAAUCUCUAGCUCCUGAUAAAAUGCUUUUUUCUUAAAGAUUGUUAAACUUGUUGGUAGUUUCAGCUGUCAUCCUCUACAUCAUAUCUUAUUUAACUUACAUUAUUAUCUUUCAUACAUUAUUACAUUCAUGUCUUCACUCAUUUUCUAUUACUUUUCACAUUCCUCUGUUUUGUUGUAAGAGAUUUUUUUUUUACUUACAAGGUAAAGGAAUCUAAAUAGGUAUAUAUAUAUAAUUAAAUAUUUCUGAUUGUUUCAUUUAUCCUUAUAAAUAUGAAGUAUCUGUCUUGAAUCAACAUGUCGAUGGAUGUGUCAAUUGUAAAUUACCAAUUGUAUUUUUAUUCUUGGAGGUAUAUUGAAGUCACAUUAAGUGUAACAUUGAAUAUAUGUUUCUUAACUCCAAAGAUGCUAGGCAACAAGAUUUUAAGAUUCGUUCAACAAUGACCAAAAUCAUCCCAUCACAUCAGUAUGAUCCCAACAGUACAAUAAGUAGCAGCUUUCCCACCUCACGGUAUGUUUUACAAUGAGACUGUGUCAUUUGUUUAAUUUUAACUUAGUUCGUGCUGACAGAUAUUUUUUGAGAUACAUAUAAUUUAAUUAUAAUAAAGCCACAUAUUGCCUCAAAGACAAAGUGGAAUAUGGUAAAAUGUAAAAUUGAAAUUUCAUGAAGAAAAAUAAUUAUUUGCAAAGGAAAUUUCUUAUGCAUUUGGUCUUUCUUAUGCAAUUUGUCUUUUUAACCUUUUACUUUAAUGUCAAUUGUUUUUUUUAAAUAUUUUUCCAUUAAUAGCGAACACCUGAGCCCCUUCUCAACCAGUAUUGAACAUACUUCCCCAAGUUUAGCGUCACUAUGUGAUGCUUUCCCUAAACAUGGAUACCCUGAUAAAAAUUAUGGCUGGUUCUUUGGGCAGUUUGAAAAGGCUUUCAAAGAGCUGCAAGUGCUCAAACAGCAAAAUGCUGAAAUGAUGGGCAUGAGAGACCGCUAUGAUCAGGUUUGUUAAAUCUAAUAUCACUUUUUAUUUGACACAUAAAAUGCAAACGAACUCUCCCGCAAUAACACUGGCAAAGAAAUAACUUCAUGGAAUCCUUAAAGACAAUGUGUGUGUAACAAAAUGUCUCUUGUAGAAUGCUAAGCAUCUUAAGUAUAAAUAGUAAAGGUGUUAAAAAAUUGUGAAUGGUUUUAAUUUAGUUUUGGUCAUGUUUUAAUGUUCCCUCCUAAAGAAUGUGACUUGUUUGUUAGAAUAAGAAAUAUAGUAGUUUUUCUAAAUUCCAAAUGAAAACUUCUAAAUCUGUUUACAUCUUCACUUAAUUUUCUAAAAGUUUAUUCUUUUAUAAAAAAUAUUGGUGAAGAGUCUAAUAAUUUUUUAUAGCAGUUUGAACAAAUAAAUCAACUUAUGUUUAAGCACUCUAACUAGGUGUCAAAAUGUUCCCAUGAGAAAGUGAAUAACAGCAGUGAAAAAUCCUAUAGCUUUUUCCACUGUUGUUCAAAUACAGAAAAUCAAUAAUUUCUCAUCUUCUGGGCUAGCAUUGGCUAGUAUGCAGUCAUCAUUAUUUUUAGAAUUUGUUUACUAUCAGCAUUAUUCCCCCAUACAUGUGAGGUAAGACCUCCUUUCAUAGUCUAUAGGCAAUUUUUUUGCAAGGAAGAGAACGUAAAAUAUUGCUUAAAUUAAGUGUAAAUUUUCACCUGCAUUUUCAAUAUCUAAUAAUGACAAAAGCUAACUUAAACUCUAUAUGCUUUAUUAAAUCCUAACUUCAUUUAAUUGAAAUAGAUUGUCCGCUUAUUAGCAGCUGAAACAUUUUGAAGAAGAAACUGUUAUAUGUAAUUGAAUAUGGGUCAUCCUUUUUUAUAAAAAUUCCUGUUACCGAACAAUUGUGCAGGUUGGACUCCUGUAAUACCAUUCCACCAGCAGAAAGGGCCUGUUUAGUUGUUGUUUUCACUGGAUGGGCUGUGUUUGUGUUGAUCAAAUGAAUGUUUGUAUCCGAUGGUCACAGGGACUAGAAUCAGAAACAGGAGUAAAUAAGAAUGGCUAUUGUUGGGACAACUUUAAGUAAUGGUUGAUAAUUUGAGUAUUAAGUUUAGAUAUUGUAAGGCUAUAAAGGAAAUUUUUUAAAAAAUUUUUUCAUUUGUUUAAACUAAAACAUUUUAAUCAUAAUUAUUUUGUGUGUAAAAGAGCAAGUAAUAAGCAGUGUUUAAUGAAAAUUGUUAUAUUCUUUUUUUUUCCAUUCCAUAUUAUUGGGGAAUGGAUCACACAGCUGUGGAAUAUGUUGGUGUCGUUCAGAUUUUAAAAUCUAAUACAUGCUUUCUUCUUAGUGCAACAACUAAUUUAAUAUUGGUAAUUCAUGUGCUAAAAUGAGGAGACAGGUAAUCUUACACUUAACUCCUGUUGUAUCAAGUAUGAUAAAUCCUGCUCAAAACUCUGUCAAUGGUGAAUUUUCAUAUUAUUUGUUCCUUUCAAUUUCAGGUUUCCAAAGAGGUCAAGCAGCUGCGUAGCAAGUACCAAGCUGAAGCACAAUGUUUGCACAGUGCCACUCUUGAGAUUCAUGCCCUGAAGGAAGAGCAAGGAGCACUGCUGGCAGAGAAGAAUCAGCUGCACGAUGAGAUUGCUGGGCUUCAGAAAUUGAGAUCUGAAGAUAAGCACGAGCUAUCUGAAUUAAGGCACCAGCAGAGAAAGGUAUGGUGUUGAAUAUCUCUCUGAGCUGCUUAUCUUAACAAUUUAUCAGAUAUAAAUUGUGAUUAAUUCAAUUAUAAAUCCCAUGCUGCACCUGAAAUACACUUUCUUAAAAAAGGGCAUAGAACUUGAAAAUAUCACAAAUAAUAAUUCUCUUUGUGUGUAGGACUGCAAUGUUGUGUUCAAUAGAGGGUUUCAACAGCGUGCAAAAUAAAAUUCCCAGAAGUUCGUACUUAUUGGGAUUCUUAUAAAGUGCGCUGCUUGAAUGGGUGUUUUGUCAAGAAACUUUAGUAGACACGCAUUGCUGACAUCAUUGUUUGGCAGGCUAGUUCUUUUCUAGUCACUGUAGGAAUUUAUGCUAGUGAUCUUUGUAAUAUCUUAAAAUAGACUUUUUCUUCAUUAUGUUCAGAAUUGUUUAUAGUUUCUGUGGCAUACAACACCUCCCCCUCCCCCCCAUAAAUCUGCCUCAGUUACCUCCUUAUUUUUUUACUUGUUCCCUUUCCUGGGUUUUUUUCCCGUAGCAUCUAGAUCUUUUUCUAGCUGGUUUGCUGGCUUACUGGAGGUUAUACAUAGUUGAGUCUACAACUACUAGAACUCACAUAAUGUUUAAUAACACAAUUAUAUAGUAAGUGAGAAGUUAAAUUUCAGUCUGUGAAAGAAACAAACCUUGCAAAAAAUUUUGUAAACGCAUUGAAAUAUAUAUUAUAAUUUAUUUUUUUUAACAUUGAAAGGCUGCCAGUGAGUGUAACUCUAAUGAUGGCAUGGGAGAGAUGUAUGCAUCAAUGCUAGACAAAUAUGAAAACAUGCACAAAGAUUAUGAUGUGCUGCGGGAAAAGUAUGCUGAGUUGGCAUCCUCUCACAGUUCAGCUUUGGGAAGAUUGGACAGUAUAUCUGAAGAAAAUGUCAACCUGCGUCACCAGCUUGAAGAUGUACAAAGCAAAAAUGAAGCGUUGUCUUUAGAGAGAAAUGGCCUCAAGCAGCAGUGCACCAAUGCCAUCAGGGAGUGGAACCAGGUUAGCAUACAUUCAAGCAUAUUUUCCGAUUGGUGUAAUUUUUCCCAAUCUUACUAACCUUCCUCAGGGUUCAUAGAAAUAUUUCUUUAGCCUAGAAAGGAUAAAAGCUAAAGUUUUUGAACAGUUGACUAUAGAUUUAGGAAGUAAUUUUACUAAAACUAACAUAAUAAUUUGUGGGGCUUAUUUCAAUAAAAACUGCAAUCCAGAAUUGGUUCAACGGUAGUUUGGUGGAGAUAGUUUUAAAAAUCUGGUAUAAACAAAAAAAAUGAAUGUUGAAAUUGGCCUACUUAAGGUAUUUGUUUAAUAUUUAUUGAAAUAUGCAUUUUUCAUCAGCUAAUCCUAUCAUAUCAUAUCAUAUUUUAGUUCAACAACUUUCCACAGACAUUGAUAAACCUAAGUCAAACCAAAGAAAAGCUGGCCAUGGUUAUCAAGCAGAGGGAUGAAUACUGUUUAGACUUUAACCAAACAUUUGCCAAGCAUGCUGAACUCAAGAAGAACUGUGAAGCCUUAAGGAUUGAGAAGGAUGCUGCUGUUAAAGAAUAUGCCCUAGUCAUGUCUGAAAGAGAUACUGUACACAAGGUCAGUUGGUGAAAGCAAAUUCUAUUUUAAGACUGUUCAUUUUAAUUUUUGAAGAAAAUCAUGUCACCUUUUCUUGUGGUUCAAGGACAAUAAGUGGUGAAGAAUUUGUCUAUUGUUUAAAAAAAAACUUAAACAGGGUUUCCCCAAACUGGUAUGCGGGGAAAAUUGCUUUUAAAAUGGAGAAGCCAUUGAUCUGAUAUAUAAGACAAGAUUUUUUAAUUUUUUUUUUAUAUCUUUAUUAAACUUUUAAUGUAAAUAGUCACAAGUUCAUUUUCUAAGCUCUACAAUUCUCUUUGUAAUAUAUUUUUUAAAUAAUUAUUUGAAUUAUUUUCAAAUUUAAAAUGCAUUUUUACUUUUGCAGCAGUGCAAGGAUAAGAAAAAAAAAUUGUAAGGGGUGUUAGACUUUAAUUCAAACAUUUAUAGGAGUUGCAGAAUGUAGAAAAGUUUGGGGAACUCUUUUUAGAAAUAUUAUCCAGAUUAUUUUGUCUUUAAAUUGUUUAUAAAAUUAAAUUUUGUUUUUUUUAAAUAAAUUUCUUCUUUUUUAAACUAUGAAUUAGUUUAAGGGUUUGAUUGCAGGUGGAACUAAUUCUUAUUCAAACUUUAAAAUAAAAACUGUAUGUUUUUUCUUUAUUCUUUGUUAAUCAUUUUACUUCUUAAAUUCCAUUUAAUACUCUGACUAAUGGAGAAAUCAUUGAAAGAACAUUUAUAAUUUAAUUGAUGUACUUUUCUACCAUUAUCUAAUGACUACCUUUGCUCACUGCACUUUUUAUAGUCACUUAUUUUAUUCUCAAAAAAAUAUAUAGUUGUAAAUGAGAAAAAAUUUUUUUAGGAGAUUGAACAGCUGCAGGACAAAUUGGCUUCAGUGAGCAAACUUGUGGAGGUGUUGACAAAUGAGAAGAAGGAAAUGGAAAUUGAACUGGAGUCUUUGAGACGCGACAUGGCCGGUGUGUUGUCAGAAAGAGACAAAUACAGACGAGAGAGAAACGAUAUCAGCGGAAUUAAUCAGGUAUUUGUCGCUGUAUUUAAAUAUUUUGCACUUUGAGGACAUGACUUCUAUAUUACUUGUCAUAAAUAUACAAAUGCCAUUAAAACACUUACAUUAUAUUGAAUGGUAUAGUUUACUACCAUUUCAACAUACAGCUUUAUUUAAUUAAGCCUUUGAAAGUUGAAGCCCUCAAUAAAAUGUUAAAUCAUGCAAAAUUUAGUUGUCGUUGACUGAUGCCUCACUUAAGUUGUGACGAUCUUUAUUGUUUCUUGAAUAAGCAGGGUUUGAAACAUGAAAGGCUGGACUUUCAAAAGCGCAUGGAACAGCAACGAGACAUUGCUUGGAAAGAACGCAAUGAGGCGUAUGAACAGAUGGAACAAAUGGAACAAAUUAUCAAAGACACUUAUGAAAAGACUCACAAGGAGCGUGCUGAAGGGAUAGAAAAUGUUAUUAAAGAAUCGGAAAACCUAAAAAAACAGCUGGAAAAAUUAAAAAUUGAUCUGGAAAGUGAGUAUUUACAGGAAAGGGAGUAUUUACAUUAAUUUAAGACAGGAAAUCAUUAUGCUUUGUCCUUUUACGUGAGUCUUUAUACUAAAGAUAUAUUGACUAAUUCUGCUCUAUUAUUUGAAUUGUGGUUAAAAUGCUCAUUAUUAAUAAAUAUUCAAUAUUUUCAUAGAUUUGAGAGAACCCCCAAAAUGAAAUUAAAUUUUACUACCACAGAUUCUGAGCAAGAAGCUGAAAAUGCCAACAAGAACAGAGAUAAAGCAUUCAGUGAGCGAGAUAAAAUAGUCCAAGAGAGAGAAAGCAUUCGUACUCUCUGUGAUAACCUUAGAAGAGAUAGGGACCGGGCUGUUAGUGACCUGGCACAAGCUUUGAGAGAUUCUGAUGAGUUUAAAAGGCAGAAAAAUGAGGCAGUGAAAGAGCUCAAAGAAAUUAAGUGAGUGAUUUAAAUGGUGAUCACUUUAUGGACACUCCUUUAGGCCCCCAAGGUGUGAUUGUGUUUCAACUAACCCUGAAAGCAAUUUGUGAUUCCAGACAAUGCGUGGCUUGAGGCUUUUAUUUUUUCUGAUGCCAGAACCUGGCCUGUUCAGUUAGUUAAAAAUAUUUAAAAUUAAAUUGUGCUUUAACUGAUUUAUUUAGCAUAAAAUUCAUUGCAACAGAUUGCACUGACCUAACCUGAUUCAAUAAAGUUUGAGCUGUUGAAUAUAUUAGUUUUAUUACUAGUUCUAAAAAAAGAAAAAAAUCAUUGAAAGAAGCAACAUUUGAGUCCACCCUCAACUCAGUACUUUCCAAACUUUCAUGUUGGCGACACACAUUCAUCCUUUCGUGACACAGUAAGUCGCUUUAAAUAGUAUAUCGAGGAUUAAACCAAAACAUUUUAAGACAUACAGACAUAAGCAAAAAUUGAAAUUAAGUAUUGUGUGGGGACACAACAUAUCUCUUGAAAACCUUUUAUUUAUGAUUCUUUAAAACUAGCUUUAUUUGAUUUUGAUAAUAAAAUACAUUUCGAAAACUGUUGAAUUUUUUGAAUGAAAAUUAAUCAAUAGUCAAAAUGCGCUAGAGUUUAUAAACUCUGAUUCUGAAACCAGUAUUGAUAUCUGUGGAAUGAUCUCAUUGCAAUGUAAACCACUUCCAAAUGUGUUAUCUGCAAAAGGGAUCUUAAGUACUUCGCCAAAAUUUAGGCCCGAACAUAUUUCCAAAAACAGCACAGCAAGAUUCAUUGAAGUGGUUUUAGCUAUAAUGUAUGGAGCCUUGUUUUUAGCAGUUCUUUGAACAACCAAGAAACCUGCCUCUUAAUAUGUGUUCAUUCUUCAUUGUUUUGCUCAAUAAUGCAGACUGCUUGUUUUUGAAAUCUCACUGAAGUAUUCAAUCAGUUUAUGUGACCAAGGACAGUGUUUUGAUGUAAAAUGACUUGCCAAAUUUUUGUCAAAUUUUGUGUUUUAUACUAAUUAAUUUUAAUUUUGUCAAAAGUUGACUCAGAUGAUGAGUUGGGUAGCAAUUCAGAUGUAAUUAUAGAUUACUCAUUGGUUAAUUAUGCUAGCUGCGGUAAUAAAGAUUCCUGAUAACCUAAUUUUCAUGGGGGGAAGGGGGGGGGGGUUGUGUUGGGAUGUUAUGUGUUUUUUAUGCUAUGCGGAUAUAAAGAGUUAAUGAUCUGCAAUGAUGAGAGCAAAACUAAUCUGUAUAACCUAAUAAAUAUAUUAUAAGUAUUUUAUCUUAAUGUAUAGGUGUGUAACAGGAUUAAGAUAUUUUAUGCAAUUUUGAAUUUAACAGGAAUUGCUAUGAGGCCUUGGUAGAGAAGGACACUAGACGGCAGCAGCUGCACUACAUAGGGCACAACCAUAGCCGAGACUCGGCUAUUGAUGCUGACCUCCAGGACCUAGGCACAGAGACUGUUGAGAUCCCUGUAGAGCUGGUAAAUGUUUUACAAUUUUUGUAAGGAAUUGGUUUCUAUAAGCAAAUAAGAUUUUUACUUUUUUAAAAUAUUUUGUGAAAAAGUUUUAAGAUUUUUAAAUUAAUCAAACUUUUUUUUUCUCUGUUUUUGUUUUUUUUACAAAAACCUUGAUUUUUUAAACUAUAAACCAUGUUUGAACUAUCUGUGCUUCCCCUUUUUGUAUCAGAAAUAUGUUGGACCUGGAGAGAUGGGUUUUGACAUGAUUGGUGGUAAGGAUGAUCCUCAGUUUCACAAUGACCCUUCACUGAUUGUUAGCCAUGUGGCCAAAGGUGGUACAGCCGAGGGCAAACUCCGAGUGAAUGACACCAUACUGAGGAUCAACAGCUUGGAUACCAUCAAUGUAGACAAGAGAACAGCCCUGCAGGCUCUCUGGAAGAGCUCUGGGGCUGUGAGCUUGGUAAAUAGGAUUUGAUGAUUUUAAAGUGUACCAAGCCCGUUGAGUUGUUCCACUUCAUACUUUCAAAAUUUUCAAGGGUAUUCAAAUAGAAUGAUUAGGUUGCAUUAAUUGGAAUUAAUAUUUGGUAUUAAUGAAAACUGGAAGCUAUUCUGAGUGUAAACCUAUGUUGCUAAAACUUGCUAACAAAAGUGUAAGAGUGCCUAAACAAACGUCUAUUUUUUUACUUUGUGUACCAUGAUUUAUUUUAAUUACGUAAAUGGCUUAUUGAAGUGUCUUCUGUUGUCUUCAGCUUGUGAGAAGGCGGAAGCUUAGCCAUGCUAGAAUCUGGCAGCCUGUUCAAAUUGUGGUAACUUGUCAGAAAGGUAAAUCGCCUAUUAAAAAUGUUUGGCCUGAUAUUUUUUUUUUUUUUUAAAUGUUCCAGUUUUAUUCCUGUGUUAUAAAAAUUUCAGAAACAGUCAAUUUGAAAACUGUCACAUCCUGUAAGAACCAGGAACAUUACAAUUAAUAAUACAAUUUAUUAUAAAAAAUAUUCAUUCGAUUCUUAAACCACUUUCUUCUUCUUCUUCUAUAUCUUAAGGGCCCACGAUCAAUUUAUUGAUCAUUUUGGCUCCUAUGCAUGUAGAUGGGAUUUGCAAUGUUUCUGUUACUGGUGUUACUUUUUUGUAUAAUAUAUUUUUUUUUGAAUAAUUUAUAAUUUUGAAAUUUUAAGUGAUCUGUAUUUAGUUGCUAUAAUUUACUACUAUUUACUAUAAAUAAUUUUUAUUUAAAGAGAGUUAUAAGCUGACUGCUUUUUAUUUAGACUCCGGUAUACAGAUUGACCAAGGUCUUUUCAUAAGUCGAAUAUGUCCAGGUGGUUUAGUCGCCAAAUAUGGAAUGCUACCUUGUGUUGGAGACAGAAUCAUUAGUGUAAGUUUUUUUCUACAAAAACAAAAAAAUAAGCUACAUUGACCAAACAUGGGGUAAUUUUAGCCGAAAUACGUUAUCUUUUAAUUUUUUGAAAAAGAGAUGACAGAAUUUUGAAAGUCAGAAUUAGCAGAGACUAGGUUAUAGACAUCAGACUGACUUAAUAUACUUACCAAUGUGUGACAUCAAAACAUGGAUGGCUUGCAUGAAUUAUAACAUCGCACAAUUACUCAAACAAUUGAUUAAAUUAUAUACUGAAGGGCUAUGUUCUUGUCUUUCUGUUAGAUCAACAACACAUCAGCUGAAGGCCUUUCAGCACGGGACGCCAUGAGGAUUUUGGAAACAUCCACAGACUCACUUGUAUUGGAUGUUUGGAGACAGAAAUCUCCACUCAGCUCUGCUGGAUCUUCACCCACCCCUACCUCAACAGGCAUCAACUCCCCACUGCCUGAGGGUAUUGCUGUGUCUUGCAGCAUGAGCAAGUCUGACACUCUUGCCAUCCGCAGCAGUUCAUGGGAGACUCCCAGUGAUGCUAGUCGAAGUGUUGAGGGUAUAAAAAUUCUGCAGAGCAGUGGUUCACAGACAGAUAGUUUAGAUAGCCCUGGGCCAAGUCCACGGAAGGCUCUACGCAGUCAAGAAAAUGACAAAGUCAGGCACAGUUUGCCCAUGCUGGACAGAGCUAAGGAAAAAGUAGAGAAUUUUUUCAAAUCUCGUCAUAAGAGUCAAGAAAGAGAGAAAGAGCAAGAGGACAAGAAGGAUAAGGUUGAUGAUGGGUUGCAUGAACAGGGAAAAUCCCUUCACAAACUGGUAGAGGACUGCAGUACUCAAGUUAAUCUACAGAGCACAGAAAACGUCAUUGCCGAAUUCCCAAACAAUACUGUGUAUACACAACUAAACAACCACAGCAAUGCCAAUAGUGAAAACAGGCCCUCAAGAUCUUCUCGUAAAGGAGAGCUAGAUUUUGAUAGUAACAGUGGGACCUGGCCUAAAACUAGAGGCCAGCAAAUCAGUAACACAUCUGGACCACCUACUGUUAUUUUUGCUCCUGGUCAUAAACCAUUUAAAGAGCGACCAAGCAUCAAAGAUGUUUUUACCAUCAAUCCUGACAACUGCCCCUCUUCCCAUCAUAACUCUCAAACGCUGGACUCCAAUAAAUACUUUGCUACACCAGUGGCACAGUCAUCGUCUGCGUUCUCACCUACCACCCCUACAACAUCGCAGUCUGUACAUAACCUUCCCCCAACACUCACAACGCCCGUGUCCUUUGCGCCAUUCUCCAUUCCAGUGUCUUCAAAAUCUCAGUCUCACUUCUCAGUGGGCAUCAUGCAUCCCCACGCGGGCAUCGUAGCUGGUCGGGGGCCGCCCGCUUUUGUCAACCCCACACCAGCUCAGAGGUAUGGGACUGUGCCCUCUCAUAAACAUGGAGUGCCCACACGGAGCUUGGUGUCCUCACAUCAGCCAUGCAUACAGCCAGUUGUUAUACCAAAUGGGAAUUCUGUGCCACAGGAAUUCAAAUUCGAUUCAUCUAACCCUAGAAUAGCAGCUAAAGGUCAACAGGUAAUUUCUUUAUUUUGUUGUCUAGUCUUUUAAUUAAGCUUUAAAUACUGUCAUAAAUUUCCUCUUUAUCAUUAAUAAUCUCAAACUAAAGGCAGAUAAGGCUGAUUUUAAAGCUGCUAUUGCUCUGUUCUAGUUCUGUGGUCCCAUUUGUAAAAGUUGGAAGAAAUUUUGUUGUUUCUAACCCAACCCGUUUAUUCAAGAACACCACUUGGAUUAUUUCCUAAAAUCUUUGAGAAGUUAAUGUUUGUGAGGCAAAGUUUCUUCCGCUAAUGACCUGUGCUAAUUUGAUUUUGAUGACUAUUCUUUUAAUUUUUGAAGUUAUUGUUAGUAAAAUAAUUGUUUCCAAUUACUCUUUUUAAACUUAAGUUAAUUAGAAGCUAUUAAAAUGAAUUUUAACAGGGGAAAUCCCGCAGACCAACAUCUGUUCCACAUAAACCAGACUUUCACUGGCCAACUCAAGCACCCAUUAACUGGACACCUGGUCGUAUCCCCUCUGAUUCACCCAUCAGCCAACCACAAGUACAAAACCUGGGUGGGCAAAGUCACCAUUUAAGUAGCUCACCAGGAAACCUCAGCGGGUCUCUAACGAAUGGGAGUGGGCUACCUCACUACUAUGUUGGAGUCAACUCCCCAUCAUCCCAUAUGCUGUCCAGCCCACCACCCUAUGGAAUGAGACCAGCCUCUAUAGAGGUACCCCACUCUAUGAAGGUGACUGACUUUGCCAGUGAUAUAUAUGAUAGACGUCGAAUGGCUUCACCUGUUGCCCAGGGAUUGAUUGGGCGUCCACCAACAUACCAUCAGUAUCAUCCUAUCUCUACAGUGUAAGUACUGACCGAUUUUUAUGCAGCUUUUUGCUCUUUAAAAAUAAUACGGAACUAUUGUGUUAAAAUGCUUGGUCAAGUUAAAAAUGUUUUAAUGCUUGUUAACUAUGAAAAAUGUUUAUUGUUCAUUACUUAAUGUGCAAUUGUAUUCAAGAAAAAUUUUACUUAGCUUUGAUUAGCAAGGACAUCUUACAUUUUCCCAAUGCCACCUAACUGUAACAAUGAAAAUUAUAACCAUUUUUCCUACUGUUAAUCGCACAUUUGAUGGUGCAUCCGGGGCAUAAAUGUAGAAAAGCUGUAAAGUAGUUUUUGUUCUAAGAAAACACUUAAAACAUUAAAAAUGGUUUUCCCUUGAAAGGAAUUGCUGUCCUUGAAUUGAUAAUUUUCUUCAACGCUGCUACUCACUAUGAAACAGAAGAAAAAAAUGUUUAAAUACUUAAAUGGUACCACACAGGAAUUUUAUUAAUUAUUAAAGUGAGUUGAACAAUUCUAAAACGUCAGGGUUUUUAAUGUUUCCUUUUUAUUCUGGUAGCUGUAAAUGAACCGGAAAGAUGUUGCUUUUUUUCUGCCUAGGCAAUAAAUUUUUAAUCCUACACCAAGUUCAAAGCAGUCUUCUGACUUAGGUUGUUGAGAUUUUUAACGCAAAGUUUAACUCCUCAAGAAAUUUGUUUUUUAUUAUGAAGCUUUGGAUCAUUUCAUUGAUCUUAUAAGGUUCUGCUAAGCAAAUGUUUCACUUGUAUUUUUUAGCUCAUCCUCUUUGGGCUCAGCUUCUCAACACCCAGUCCUCUCUUCUCCAAAUGGAACAUUCCCAGUAAUAAGUCCAUUAGACUUGGAGCAUGAGAGACCUUUGUCUUUCCAUGGAGCACCCACUGAUCGCUACAGCUCACCAAGUCCAUCUCAAAAGGUAUGUUUUUUUCUGUUUUGUGUCUGUCAAUACUGUCAUGGAGAUUAAAGAAAAAAAUCUUUCUUCAGAAAAUUAAGAUGGUGCAAAGCUCAGGGUCAUUAUGUUUGUAUGUAUGUAUGUAUUUUAAUCAGUAACUUUAUAACAAGAAAAGCACACAAUAGAUCACAACCAAAUUUGACAUGGUCAUACCUCCUGACCUAAAGAGGGUUCCUGAAAAAUUUUGGUCAAAAUCCCUUUAUCCCAAAAGCUGUAUUAAUUACAAAAUAGUAAAAUCUAGAGAAUAAUGCUGAAAUAAUUUAAUUUUCAAACAGUUUUAUGAUGCCACUAUAAAUAUCUGGGAAGUUAUAAGAAAAAUGAAUUUUAAUAAGCCAUUAUUCAGAAUGGUGCGCUUGUAAACAUGUAUUAAGCAAAGGAUUUCGCUUUUAAAGAUACAUCAAAAGAACAAAUUAUCAAAUAUGUGGGCUUCGGGGGCAUUUUGGGGAGUUUGCUCCUGCGAGAUUUAGUCAAUGUAAGCCACUGGUAUGUUUUGUUUGGCGCACCCAUCUUUAAUAAGGCUUCUUUCAUGAUGUUUACAGAACUGAACUUUAAAAAAUAUUUGAAAUAAUUUUUUUUUCAAAAGAUAUUAAAAUAUUAUUAUUAUUAUUUAAAUUUUAUAUCAUUUUAAGAAGCUACAUUUCAUUGUAUAGGGGGGGUUGACCUUUAGAUUAGAAUAUCACAUAGUUCAGCAGCAUGCAUAAAGGUGUCAUUAAGGGUCAACCUCCUGGGCGUUCUUUUAUUAAAUUUUUAUUACCAACUUUGCAUACUAUGUGUGCUUAAGGGAAAAUCACAUGUUUGGGAUUUAGCCCCAGUCAGCAUUAAGUCAGAUUAUUCCACCAAAUGGAUGGUUGCAUUUUAUGAAUAUAACAAUUCUCAAAGGCUCAAUUUGUUACACACGGAACCAUUUCAGUCCAUAGUUUAUUUCCUUUUUUUUAUAUCAAAUUUAGUGCAUUUUGUAAGUUCAUUGAAAGUUUAUUAAAGACCAAACCCAAUAAUUUUCUGUCUAAAUUUUAUUACAAUACUGACACAGUAGUGUUACAGUAAAAAGCUGUGGAAGACACUAAACAAGAAAAACAAUGUAACAUCAUUUUCUUUAAUAUGUAAAUGUUGAUUUUUAAUGCAUGACUUUAAAAAAUUGAUCUCUUAUUGAGAUUUCAGAUGUUCAUCCAUGUAUCUUUCUGGUAUAAUAUUUAUUGACUAUGUAGGUGAAAAUGUGUUGUAAGCUAUGUCUGUUUAUACUGUAUAUGUUUCUACAUCAGUUGAUAUAUCUUUAUCCAAUUUGACGUGCAUAGUUAUUACACUUCAUUAUCCAGGAGGAAAUACUGAGUAUUUUGGCAUUUUUAAACAUAUCCUGUUCAGGACCAUGGACCAAAAUUUCUUUUUUUAAUGAACUGUAGAAAAAAAAUUACAAAAAAAUGGAUUCAUCUCGACUAAACUUGGUACACUGCAUUUCUAUAUUGAAAUACUGGUGAAUUUGGACUUAUAUUAUUUACCACCUUUGGGACCUAGUCUCUCAUUUAAUUUUUCCAUAUGUAGCCAUAUAAAUACCAGUAGUCGGCUAUGAUAACAAUUUAGGGUUCUACAUAAAUUUUUGGAUCUGGGCCAAACUUGGUAGGCCUAAGCUUCAGAUACCAUUUGCUAGUGGGUUAGAUUCUAAACUAGUAAUACCCACUCCUGAGGCCUAUUUAUUUCUACCUAGGUGUAAAUAAAGAUUAUUGAGAUUCUACAAUUUAUUUUUGUUAUAAAAGCCAAAGCUAUACACUAUACACAUUGGCUUAGUUAAAAAUGUAAGCUUCUACUAGAAUUGUUGCAUCUUGUUUAAACUUGAUAGAGAUACCUGUCAUAAUCCCUUUUAAAAUAUCUGUUAAAUUUUUAACUAUUAAUUUCCAUUCCUUUUUUGGUAGGUUACCAAAUUUUAACUUAAAUAAUACACUAUAUCUUUGGUGUUUUCAACCAAUUUUAAUGGGGAAAUGUUGAAAGUAAAAUAGUCACUGCUGUAAAAUACAUAAUACAAAUUAAAGGACUGCAUUCAAGCCAAGUAAAUGAAUGAAAUAACAAAACGAGGUAUGUGGAAGCUUGAAUAAGAGAACAGGACAAAAAGAUUAGGACAUUUUGGCAUAAAUCCUUCUUCAGCUAACAGUAGACAUUAAAAUAUCACAAAGAACAGAGCACCGUAAGCAACUCAAGAAAUAUCCAUUGUUGUCGCCGGAAGUCAACAGUGGAUAUUUCUUGAGUCCUAAUCUUUUUGUCCUGUUCUCUAAUUCAAGCUUCCACAUACCUUGUUUUGCUGUAAAAUACAGCCGACAUCCCCAAUAGUACAAAUUUAAAAGGCAACAUCUUUGGCCAAAUCCAUCUGGAUAAAUUUGAACUUAUCUGAAUAAGUUUUAUACAGAGCCCCUAUCUUAGGGACAAUUAAAAUGGUCUGUAAUGAAAUGGGCUCCUGCCAGGAAUCCUAAUUUAUUUUAUUUGAUGAGGAGCCAUAGCUUUAACAUUGGUGAAUACCCUUUUUUAAAUAAGACAUCUUUAAAAAGUCAGAUUGUUCUUGAAUUCAUAGUUUUUGGCUGUGCCCAGCUUGAAAAUUAACUGAAACUGGCUUCAAUGUUUACAAGAGUUAAUAAAAAAUCCGGAUUAUUUAUAGGAUAAUAUUUUUAAUUGUGAUUUGUGCUUCAGCAAAGUAUUUUUUGACAGUGUCCUAAAUUUACAUGUUUUCUGAUAAACUUUAGAAUUUGUUUCUUUCACGCAUGGAAACCUGAGCAAUGCCGGUUGAAUUGGCUAGUUAUAAAUAUUGUUAGUAAGUUAGAUAAGGCUCUGACAUAUUACUAUUAUUUAAUGAUUUUUUUUUCUUCAUUAGAGCUAUAGCACAUUGGAUCGUAUCACACCAACGAUAAGUGAAGAGUUAUACCCUACUAGAUAUCCAAGGGGAUCACCUCACAGUAGAGCUUUCCUUGAUGAAGAUAUACGCCAAGCAGCUUUUAGCAAGAGAGACAGUGUGUUUGAUAGAUUUCGGAUUCCUUCAACCACAAGUGUAAAUACGAAAUCGGGAUCUGUAGAAAUUGGUAAUUAAAACAACUUUUCUUAAAAACAGUUAAUAAAAAUAAAAUAACUCCCAGUCAUAAUCUACAUUUGAUAUAUUAUAAGCCAUAUAGAACUAAUUUUUCCUAAGAUCUCUUGUUCAAACUAAAAGUUUUUUAACAAAAACAUAUUUUUUUUUUGUACAGUGAUUAAUCUUCAGAAAGAUCUGCUAAAUUAUAUGAUAGAUUAGCAUACUUCAUUAGUAAAAGCUGAAACUCAUUAAUAUAAAAGUAAACUUUUAGAAAAAUUAAAUCCUUUUUAUUUUUGAAGAAAUCAUCCAUCUCUCUUUUAUCUCUUAGUGUCUGACAGAAGCAGCCCAGGCUCUCCAAUGUUUAUUGACAACAGGGCAUCAAUGAAAUACACUCAUUCACGAAACAGUGAUGAAUAUAUUUACAGGCGGAAAAUGUAAGUGGUGAAUAAAUACUGAUACAUUUAUUGAUUAUACAUCCCAACUGUCAACACAAAAUUUGAUUUUUUUGUUUUACCUCUGCUCCUUUGUGUAAAAAUAUUGUUACAAAUUUUUAGGCUGCCUUUUAUUGAGUAGAAUAGGUUGAAAGUCAUAGAUAAUUAAAAGUUAAGGUAGUAUCUUGUAAUUUUGAGUAACAAUACAUUUUUUUUUCAUUGGCUUCCCUCAUCAAAAUCAUUAAAAAGAUAAAAGUUGUAAAAGAUAUUUAAAGUAAAAACAAUAGAACUUGCUAGACUGCCUCAUUUUAAUUCAACAGUUCCUAUUCUAAAAGCCUACUUGUUUUAUCAACAGUUCCUAUUCUAAAAGCCUACUUGUUUUAUCAACAGUUUCUAUUCUAAAAGCCUAAUUGUUUUAAUUCAACAGUUUCUAUUCUUACAGGCCUAACCAUCAUGAGACAAGGGAUAUAACUUUUGAGAAAAGCUCCAAACCCGUAGGUUUUAAGAUCCAGCGAGGACCAUCGGGAGGCAUUUUUGUGUCUUCUGUUUAUGACAACAGUUUGGCAGCACAGGCUGGUCUAGUCAUUGGUGACCAGUUGCUUGAGGUGAAUGGAGAUCAUAAGCGCAACCAUUUUUUUAAGGCAUCUAACAAGUCAUUUAAUAAACAAGGGUCCGUCUAGGAAUCUCAAGAAAACUGAUUACUAAAGACCUUAAUGUCCAUUUUUUUUAUCAUCUUACCCUGUAUUUAGUUUGUGGUUGUUUCUCAAAAUGAACUAUAUCCAGUUUAUCUUCAAAAUCAAUGCAUUUAUUUACUAAAUAUGUCACAUUGGGCCGUCGAGCAUGAGCUCUUAAUGCCGUUCCCGACACACCUCCACACAGCCCAUACGCGGGGCCUCCCCGACGCCACACCGUGUGGCAGCACUCCAGGGACCUCUCCAGACCUGGACCGCCCCCAUCCGCAACCGAUCGAUCGGAUUUGCGGAUGGAGGCCCGGGGAUGUCCGGUCGGCUUAAAACGCGUUUAAAGCGUUCACAGCCCACUUUCCAGGGAGUCGGGAUGGUGUUUUAACGUCCCAAUAUCUUCCCCCACCCAUCCCGGGGAAGUGACAGAUGCUCUCUAAUAGGGGUUCUACCGUGUGUUCCACCUGGCAACUAGUUUGCAACGUAGCUGGGUAUUUAUAAUCUUCGGCCUGAGGCUUAGCUUCUCGCCUCAUAUCCAUUAGCGGCAACUUGUAAUCAUGAUACCUGCCCUAUCUCUGCCUUUAUUUCAAACUUUAAAACGUCACAGUUGGCAGCCCUGUAGGUGCUAUUUUUUUCCUGCAGGUACCGUGCAUGACCUUGUCUGCCCACUCGGACACGCAAUGGUGGUCUUGUUCCCCGGGUAACGUCGAGGGGGUCAAGUGGCAGACGCCUCCUAAUUGGCAAGCUGCCACAGGCUUUUUAACCAGAGCCCCGGGGAGGCAUCCAUUUACUGAAUUGGCCUCUUUAUAUUUACAUCGUGUUACACCUUUAGACUUGUUGCUAAAUGUAAUUAUUGCAUUUUUUUUUUUUACAUUUAUUAUUAUACAGUGGAAUUAUUUUAUUGUGAAUUUCUGAAUACUCUUCUUGCAACGCAGUUUAUGCAAAGUUGGUGGGGACUUCUAAUUUCACAAAUAAUUUUAAAAUAAUUUUGAUGCCAACUAUAUAGAGUUUUACAGGCCUGAUUACUCAGUCAAAUUGAUUUUAGAAUUAAAUCCCCCCUCAAAUUUUAUUUAAAGUAGAAAAAUAGAAUUUUAGUUUGAACAAUUUAAAAAAUAUUUUUUUAUAGAACUAUAAGAGGCAGCAACUAAACGUUUGCCAUUAAACAACAAAACUUUACUCUAAAUGGGGGAGAUUCAGUUUUCCAUCAAAUUAGCAGAGCUCCAAAAUAUAUAUAUUCUUUUACAUCUUGUAGUUGAAGCUGCAUUGUAAUUUUUAAAAAAAACAAUAAAAACACUACAUUAUGUUUUUAUAUUCCUCUAAGAAGAAAGAGAAAAACAAGCCAAGUUGGCACAUUCUUUUAGGUCAGUAGAUGAUGCCAGCAAUGUUGACCGACAAGAUGAUGCUAGCAACAUUGACCGACAAGAUGAUGCCAGCAAUGUUGACCGACAAGAUGAUGCUAGCAACAUUGACCGACAAGAUGAUGCCAGCAAUGUUGACCGACAAGAUGAUGCCAGCAAUGUUGACCGACAAGAUGAUGCCAGCAAUGUUGACUGACAAGAUGAUGCUAGCAACAUUGACUGACAAGAUGAUGCUAGCAACGUUGACCGACAAGAUGAUGCUAGCAAUGUUGACCGACAAGAUGAUGCUAGCAACAUUGACCGACAAGAUGAUGCCAGCAACGUUGACCGACAAGAUGAUGCCAGCAACGUUGACCGACAAGAUGAUGCUAGCAACAUUGACAUUGUGACAUUUAUAAAAAAAGCAUAAAAAUACCAAAAAUUCAUCCGCUUUUAAAUGAGUAGGAAAACAUUAAAUAAUAUAUUAUGUAUUUGAAACUUCAGGUGUGUGGGAUCAACAUGAGAAAUGCCAACUAUGAACAUGCUGUUACUGUCUUAAGACAAUGUGGUGAUAACUUGACCAUGAAAGUCCAAUAUAAUCCAGAGAGUAAGUUUCAUCUUAUACAAUUUGAAGUUUAAUGGCUGUUCAGUUACUUUUAGAGCUAAUCUAUCAGCUUCGUCUUAAACAUCUAUAUCAUAUGCCAUUUUUAUAUAUUUAGAAUACACUGACCACCAGGAUGUGUCCAGCAGUGCCACUUCCAUCAACUCCACCUCUCUGACUACCUCCCCAAGCCAUUCCAACCAAACCACCAAUGAAAGAUCCACAGCCAAACGUCAGCCAAGUCCUACUAAAGGCAGAACUCAAGGGUAGGUGUUUGGCAAUGUGAAUUAAAUGGCAUUAAGGCUUACACAAAAAUUUCAUUAUUAAAUAAUGUCUAUCCUUAACGUAAACUUAGUGAUAUCAAAGAACUCCAUUAAAAUACAUUUUAAAAUUUAUUUUCAUAAUUAACUUAAUUUAGAUUAUCUUUAUUAGAAAUUUAAUAAUUUAAAAUUAGUAAAAUGCUCAAAGUUCAACAGGUAACUAUAAAAUUAUUUGUAUCUCUUCUUUUAUUGCAUUAUUUUAUUAUGCUUGCUCCUAUUUGUUGCCAUUUUAUUCACUUCAUGUUUUGGCCAAUUUUGUAUGGUUGGGUGGUAAGAUCACCUGUAACUAUCUCUGGUUCACAGAAAGCUGAAAAUUGGUACGAGGGUCGCUUUUUAGCUAUCAAAAUUUAGGCUAACCUCAAUUUACCCGUUUUAAAAUGUAAUUAUAUACAUUUCAAAUUGGUAGUAACAGCAGUUUGGCAGGGUCUAAUAGUUUAAUGAUGCAUAUCGAGCGGUAACUUGUGUCCACAAUCCAUCAUUUCCUUUUCUUGCACGCCUCUGAACAAAAUUUAAAAUUUGCAAGCUCAAUGCUAAGAAAAAAUUUGUUCAUAAAAGACAUUUUUUUUUUCUCUUUUGUUGUUGCCCACCAAAGUGCUGCAUGUUAAUCUAUCUAAAGUUUUCAAUGAGUGUUUUAAUGUCAUGACACAAGGCAUUAAGGAAUUAAACUCUACAAGGUUAGACGUCAAAAGCUUUAAUUAAAGUCAUAUAUAAGUACUCUACAAAACUACCUUGGCUUGAAGAACUAUUUGAAGCAAAAUGCACUUGUAAAACUAAGAUAAUUUUGGAGGAUACAUCCCACCCUCUUCAUCACAGAUAUUUAAGAUCAGCCUCAUCUUCCCCUCAAAGCUAGGUCCCAAGAUACCUGGCUUUAUCAAAAUAAAACAAUCAAAUCAGUAUUGUCCCUAAGGGAGAGAGGUUUUAUUGUAUAUGAUGGCUGGCGUUUGCGCUUGAGAAAUACAUCAGAUGUCUCGCGUUUAAAUUGUUCAAGUUUCCAAAUGUCGUCUUGGUACAAGUGUUGAAAAUGAAUGUGUACAAUUUAAUCAAAACACAUUUCCAUUUAUUUGGAUCGAUAAAAGAACCUUGUAUCCCAAAUGUAUAAAUUGGGUAAAUUUCAUUGUUAUUAUUUUCUCAUUUCAGUUCGGGUGACAUCAAUGUGGAUAUUCGCCGCUACAUUACACUUAAGAAAAGUAAUCCCAACAUGAUAGGGCCUGGUUUCUCAUUUGUUGGUGGCAAUGCAGUGGGGAUUUUUAUAGAAGAAGUCUAUCUAGACUGUUUCGUUGGGGGAACACAUUCACUGCAGAGAGGGGACCAACUUUUAGAGGUUUGAUUUUUUACAAUUGACUUAAAGUAUUUAGUUAAUUUCUAACACCCUUAAGAAAAGGCUUUAAUUCUGAAAGAAUAGAAUUAGUUUGCUUUUGUUGAGUCAAGCUGCUAAAUAAGUAUUAAGCUUCAUAUCAAAACAAAUUCUUUCAGGAAAGAAUUGGAUAUUAGUACUCUUUCGUACUAUAUUAUAUUCUCUGUAAAUCAAACUAAAGCUAUUUGACUGUUUAUCGAACAUACUGAUAUAGUAACAGAGACAAACUUUGUCAGUGCAAAAUGCAUGGAGAUAAUUAAAAAUAUUACGUUUUAUUUUUAAAUUCAUACAUAGAUAUGCAGUAGAGCAUAGAUUUUCUUAUCUCAGAUUAUCUAAAAAUUGUCAGAAAUACUGUCCCUGCAUUUUAUAAAUUAUUAUUAUCCCAAACAUCAUGUGCAACUCUGGAAAAUAUGAUCUGUAAACUUUUUAAUUAACCCUCGAACUGUGGCAUGCAUCAUUCUGUGGUGUGGAGCUUUUCAGAGCUUUUUGAGUGCCUUUUGACAUUGCGUUAAAGGACAUAGAAAUAUUGAUACAAGAUCCCUAUAAGUAUGUAUUUUUAUAAAGGUAACUGGAUGGGAUAAAGUUGGCCAUAUUGCCCACCAUGUAAAAAAAAUUUUGCUCCGUGUCCUUGACAUUGGACUUCUCAAGAAAAUAAAAAUCGACAAAAUUUCUUGCUUUCAAGUGCUAAUAACAUCAUUAAAUUUUAUAGAUACACUUAAAACACAAAUCUAAAUGUUGUAGCCAAUUCAUUUAUCUAUCAGAAAAUGUAUAGUUUGCUAAGGAUGAUUGAAUUUUUCACAAUUACACAUCUGAAAGCAAUUUUAGUAAUUUUAGGUCAUUUAUAUAAGAAACUGGGACCACUGCUAAAACAAAGUACAAAAUACAAAAUCUCUGGCAAAAAAGUUAUUAUUGACUAGUAAACAUUUAAAAAGGAACUGUGGAUCUGAUAUGGGUUGUUAACAUAUAAAAUGUAUUAGCUCUGAUCUAUAAUCUGUAGCUUCUGUGACUAAAAUUCAGUCAGUCCUUGCUCAACCACCGUGCCUGGCUCGAAGUCAAACAGUAGCCUCAGUAGGCCUACUUCAGUAUCACUAAGACUAGUAUCAGAUUCACGAAAAGAAGAAUCUGAAAUGAGAUGUCAUGGGGAUUGUUAAAAACAUCAUCAGUAUCACUUAAAUCCUCUCCUAAAAAGCUUUCAAAAAUAUUUUUAUUAGUUCUCACACUAUAGGCCCGGCCAUAGCUUCCGCCAUUUUUGCUUUUAAAAAAACAGCGAUAUAAAAUUCCGAUUAAAAAGUAUUUAUUGUUAAGUUAUCAAGAAACAGCUUGAACCGGAAGUUGAUUUAGUUAUUAAUAAAAGGUAAUGGCUCCGAUUUGGGUUAAAUAUUGGAUUGGAAGUUGCUAUCGGACUGUGUUUUUUAUCGGCCGAAUUUUUUGGCUGCCACAGCAUGGAACGAGAAUGUUGGCUAAUUUCGUCAGCUGACCACAGUUCAAGGGUUAAUGUUUAGCACAGAAUACAAGCCUGCAAGGACAAAAUGAGCUCUGUUUAUAUUCUAAGCUCCGGUCAUCUAAAAUAACCUAUUGACAUCAAAACAAAUAUGUUUAUAUUUUUACAUUAAUCAGCUGACCCCAAUUGACCAUGUGAUAUGAUUAAUUCACUGUACAAUAAAGCACCAUAUGUGUAUAAUGAUAGGGCAAUGGUCAUCAACCCACAGCUCUUUUCAUUAUUAAAUAAAUUUUUUUUAUAAAUAAUGCCAUUUUAGCAAGGAACUAGCUGCAGUUACUAUAGUGUAUUACUAAUACAUACUGGGUAUCUAAUCUUAGGACAUUAGUCUAAGUUUUAUGCGGCUGACAUCUCAAUCUUAUUUUGAAGACCAAACAUCAAUUAGUGUACACAUGUUGUUCAAUUCUAAUAAACUUGUGGUCGUUAAAACUCUACUGGUACUCAUAGUUUGGGAUUCAAUCUCAGGCAUUGAGUUUUUUUACCUCAUCGAAUUUUUUUUAAUACAUUUUGUUUUUCAUUUGAAAAGAUAUUUUAUAAUUAAAUUAUUAUAUUCAACUGAAAAAAUUGUAAUUUAUUUUGUCAAACUGGAAAAAAAAUUAUAAUUUAUUACUGUGAAAUAUUUUAAAAGUACAUUAUGUGCUCAGGUUUAGUGUUGUAACCUUUACAAUUAAAGAUGAGCCUGCCAUUAAACAAUUGGCCCUAUCUGCGGGCCCCCAAAAUGUCUUCCUAGCGGAUAUAACUUAGAAAAUGUCUCUCUUCGCUUAAAAAAGGUUGAGACCCCUGCUAUGGCGUAAGACAGGAUUUUAUUUUAUUCACUAUCUUCUUACCUUGGGAGCGUUUGCUUAUCUGAAAAGUAAUAGGUUAUCCAAACAAGCCCAGGUCCCAAUUAGUUUGGAAAAUCGACACUCUUCUUUAAUGGCCACCUGAGACAUAAUCCUCAUCUUGAGUUAAACUUAGAAAAUAAUGAUGCAUCAUGGUCAUGGUGGGGGUUCUAUUUUGGUUUACUUCUGAACAAUAAUCUAUAAUUAGAAUCAGAUAUAUCUAUGCCAGGUUUAUGUUAUGGAAACCCAUCACAAGUUUCACUAGCAUUUAACCUGUUAGAUAUACUUUCAAACAUCACAGCCGGUACAUGGUACUUUUGUCAUUUCAGUUUAACUCAGUGGACUUCCGUGCCGUAACAGCUGAGAAAGCCAUGAUGGAACUAAAUCUGCCUUGUGCUACAAUGCAGCUUUGUGUAUUUUACAACUUUGCUAGUAAGUCAAUAUGUCAGGUUGAAUAUCAGCAGCAACCAGGCUAGGAAUGUUUUCAUUGAAUUUUUCCUAAUUUAUUUGUGCAAGUUUAUUUGCUUAUUUUGUGUGCAUAUGUCACGAUAGAUUAGACAGAUAUUUUUAUCACCUCACCAGUUAGCAGCCGAUUCUGACUUUAGAUGGCUAAUAUCUAUUGAGUUUACCGCCACUUCACCAGUUAAUAACACAUUUCUUGAUAUAACUUUUUUUUUUAAAUGUCAUUUUGUAUGCUUUACAACCUUUCUAGUUUGAGUGAGUUUUUCUCUCUUUAUAGUUAGAUAAUGCAUAUGAAAAACAAAAAUUAGGAUAUUUAAAAUAUUUUUUUAGUGUCCAAUUCUCCUGGAAAUUUUAAAAAAUAUUUUGAUUAUAGCCAGUUGUUAUUUUUUUCAGACCUUAAUACAUUAACACCUAAACAUUUAUUGAUUUGUUAUUUCCCUGAGAUUCUGUCUCAGAUUAAUUGACACAUAAAAGAGGUGGUCUUAAAUGUCCUGAUACUUGUUUCUUUUACGUGUAUAUGCAUGCUGUAAAUAUGUUUUUAUUUUUACAUUGAUUAUCUUCAUACAUAAAUCAGAUUUAUAUUAUGUGUAUAUUUAUUCACUUUUUGGGGUUUAAUUUGGAUAAAAACUUUGUAUGAUGUUUCAGAAAGAAGUUUUGGGGAAGAAAUAUGUUAUGGGCAUACUUAUUAAAAAGAGAUAAGUGACUACAUUUGCUUUAAUUGCUGUUAUUAAACGGUACUAAAAGUCCAUGUUAACACAUCAUAGAUUAUUUUUGUGUUGCUUAACUUUCAGAAUACAACAAAAUUCAAGGCAUACCUUGCGAUAGCUUCUAUAUUAGGGCUAACUUCGAUCGCCUCAGUGAGAAUGAUGAGGAACUGGGAUUCCGCAAGGAUGACAUCUUGUAUGUUGACAAUAGCUUGUACAAGAAUCAAUUGGGCACAUGGUUCGCCUGGCUAGUUGAUGAACAAGGAACAAAGCUGAAAGGUGGCGUAGUCCCAAGUCGUAUUAGGUAAUAUUUUCACACAUUAAUUUUGAAAAGGUAAAAUUUAUUAACAGUCAUGUUACAUCAAUACCUUCGCAAUGUCUUCUUGAUAAAUCAGUUUUAAUAUUAGCGUUAGUUGCUUAUGUCCAUAAAGCUUAAAUCAAGUUAAAAUUCAACAUGCAGUUACCAAAUUUAAAGUACUAUUAUACUAUUACUUUUGGACCAAAUUCAACUGGUGCUCAUAUGCAUGCUAUGGGUUUAAUUACAAUCAUAGUUUUGAGAGUUUAAUAUUCAUUAAAAUGUCUAUUCCCUCCGCGUUGGUUUUCUAUGAAGGUUGUAUUGCCCUUCAGAUUAAGAUGUUUUCCAUUUAAGGAUUAAAACAUCACUGCAGGUUUUUCAUUUUUUAUUUUCCUCCUGCUUUCUCUCCGCCCCCAGACUGGAGGAUGAAAUGGUUCUAAGAAGGACAUAUUCUGAGAGCUGGAGUCUCCAUGAAUCUGAAGACCUGAAGGGCUCGAGAAGAGGUUCAGCAUCAGCCAGGCGGAGCUUCUUCCGCAGAAAACGUCACCAUCGCAACAACUCUAAAGAAAGCCAAGAGUUUGGCUCAUUUUCUGAUGCUUCUCUCAAUAGUGAUUCUGUGCCCAUUCUUGAUGGUAUGGACUCUUUGCCAUAUUUAAUGGGCAAACAUGAGGGCUAAAAGGCUCAUAUCAAAUGUUGAUACUCAUUUCCACAAUUAAUUUCUUACUCAUGGGGAAUUUAAGCAUUAAAAUAUAGGAGUGUUAAACUGAAAAAGAUUUAAACAAUUUUGGUGAAGAAUUUUCAACGUAUUUUCGAUUCAGUACAAAAGAUUUUGUUUUUAGUUUAUUUAUAUUAAGAUUGGCAAAGUCUAUACAUUUCAGUUGGCUCUUUGACAAUGCUCAAAACAGUACUGACUGUUUAGACUGCAUAGAAACAUACAGGCCAAUGUUUUUGUUUUUCCUAUUAUAAUUGAAGCCAUCAACUUUUUAAAAAAAGCUGUAUAUUAUAUGAGCUUUUUAUUAUUAAUGGAUAUUAUAUGAAAUAAAGUGCGGCCACACAAUCAUAUGUGGCCUGCUUUCGCGAAAGGAUUUUCAUUCAUUAAGAAAUAUUCUCCUAUCAAUUUAUGAAUACCGUCGCACACUUUUUAAAAAUUGUUCCAUUUAAUGAAGCUAUAUCAUGUAUAUUUUUUCAAACGUAAAUAAACAAAAUAUUUUGAAUGAAAAAUGGGUUGCAUUUAUGUCUCUUAGUUGCCUUAGCCAAUGGCUGAUAGCAUAUUGUGAGAAAUAUGAUUUUGUAAACAAUGCUAUAUUUAAAGAGGGAUUUUCAUUUUUUAAUAUUUUUUUUUACCCUAUGCUUUUGCCUUAAAUAUUUUCUGAUUGGUUUAUAAAAAUAAAUACUGUGCUUCAAGAAGGGAAAGAUUUUCUGCCUUUAAGUUCGAUGCAUAACCUGAUGGGGCACGGCGCAGGAUAUUGAAUGAAGAUACGCUUAAUAAAAAGCUCAAUAUUUGGGUAAAAGUGUGAAGGCAUUUUAACAAAUGGUCAUUCAAAUAAUUAUUUUAAAAUAUUUCUAGGUUUAAUGAAAUAUAAUUAGCACUAUAAUAUGAUUUAAAAUUGGAUAGCCUAUCUAAUUAAAAAAUAAUUUUAUUUUCUCCCAGAUCAACCCCAACCUCUUAAAAACGCUUGUAGCUGGGAGCAGCUCUAGGGACUUAUCUAACCUUUCUUAAUUUAUCAUUUUAUAUUAAAUUAUUAUGCUAUUUUAACAUCAAUAUUUAAAAAUGUUCCUUUUACCUUCUGUUAAUUUUUUUAAAAUUAUUUUAUGUCAUUCAUAGAUUCUAUUCUGGGGUAUACUCAAGUAGAAAAGAUAGAAUGUAAGUAUGAGUUGUAAUGUCUUAAUUUUAAUCAUCCCAUGAUAACUGUUAUAUCAUUUAUUGAUUUGCCUAGGAAAACAGUCAAAUCAUGGUCACCUGGUCCUGUCUAUAUACAGAUUUAAUGCAUCUCGAGACAGCUACACCUGUACAGAGAAUGACAGUAAUGAUAAUGAUCUUUCUAUGGUUUCAGUUAAGACAGUUCGACCUGUGGUACUGUUGGCACCCUUAGCUGAAGCUCUUAUAAGAAAACUGGAAUCAGAAUCCCCAGAUAAAUACAGAUAUUGUGAGCCAAGUAAGUUAUUUUACAUUUAAUGUUGUCAUAUAGACAUUUUUUAAAUAUACUAAUGUUUUCUCUUUGCGGGGGGGGGGGGGGCGCACUCUAUAACUGUCAUUCUUUAACAAAUCAGGAAAUGAGUAAAACAAAGUAUUUUCAAACUUGAAAAAAGGAACUCAACAAAACAACCAACGUGUCGCAAAGAAAUCUUCGUUUGCGAACAAACAACAGAAUAAAUAGAAUAAAAUUAAAAAAUAGCACUUAGCUGAGAAGUAGUAUCCGAGAGGGCUGCAAAAGAAUUGUGGAAUUGUAAUCUCUCCCCUUAUGACCAUUAAACAAUUAUAAUGCAUCUUCGUUUACAAUGCAGUAUACUUUAGAAACUAGCUGGAGCUUAUGUAAAAUAUGGGAAGAGGUGCAUAAUCUUCAAUAAUAAUUCAAGAUGGUGCUCAUUUAUCCACCAAUGCUUGACUUGAUUGUUUUGACUUUUGAUGUGUUGUUUUUGUGCAUUUUUUGCGUGUGAUGGGAAGCAGCGAAGUCAUUUUUAAAAAAAUUAAAUCAAAACUCUUUAUAAAAUCUGUAAGUAGGUUUUUACAAAAACCUUAAGAAUCUGUUUCCUUUAACGUAUGCCAAUCUAAUCCUUAACAGCUCCAACGAAUAACUCUCCUGCCACUUUGGAGCAGUCAUUAGCAGAGGGUGUAUUAGUUGACUUCUGGAAAGAAGAUGAUAGCUACCAGUGUAUCAAAGCCUCAGCCAUCAAAGAAAUCUGUGAUAGUGUGAGUAAACUUGGUUGUCUGGCAGGAUUGGUCAGUUACAAGUUGUGGUUAAUUUCAUUAUUUUAAAUCAUUCAAAAAAAUUUUUUUUUUUAAAUUUAUUUAACUUGUUCAAUAUUUAAUGCAAACCACCCAGGAAUCACAUUACUUUUUGUUUAAAAUCUUGAACCACAGAAUGUCCACUGCCUUCUCAGUGUCAGCCCAUCAGCCAUAGCAAGACUUCAUCAGUCAAAAGUAUAUCCCAUUGUCAUCUUUGUGCACCAUAAAAGUGCAAAACAAAUAAGGUGGGCUUAUAAAAAAAAAUAUAUGUCUUUUUUGUUUUGUUUUGUCAUCAAAGUAUUGUAUUGAAAGAAGCCUAAUCAUUCUUUGUGAUUUUUUUUAUAUCUACUCUUUGGUGUUAGCCUGCUGUAUCUGUAUUGUCAAAUCAAAAUAACCCAAAAUGCAGAUUUACGUUAUUGCAAGAGUAGGGAUUGGAAUAUACUUGGUGCAAACUUAUACCGAUUCUUUUUCCUGGUCUGGCCGUGUGUACUUUUUAUAUUUAUAAUCACAAAUAUUUUUUUUUUUUAUAUUGAAAGAUCUUAAUAAAAACAGCAUAAAGUAUAUACGAAUUUGAUAGAUGAAGUUUCGGGGCUUUUGGUAUUUUGAGAUGCUUUCUUAUUUCAUGGCCUAAGCCAUAGCUUCAUAUGAAAGUAACCACAGCUUUGUAUGUUUGCCUAUGAUUUUAGAGAUAUUCGAGACCCCCAGUUUUUAAAGGACAGAGCCACCAAUAAGUGGGCCAAAGAACAGUUUGAAAGUUUCCAAAAAAUGGAACAGGAUUAUCAUCAUCUGUUCACAGGUAAUUUUUUUUUUUUUCAUUCUCUAUCAGUCUUGUGAGUUUUAUAUUUUCUCACUUCCUCCUGGUUCCUUCAUAAUCUAAUAUGAAACAGAAAUUACAUUAAUCCAACCACUUUAAAUUAUCAAUGCUAGGGAAAAUAGAAAUAUUAAGCUUUUAUGUUUCUAUUUACAGAAAUGAAAUUUUGUUAAAGAAAUUUGUUGCCAAUAGUAUGCUAAAUAGUGUUUAGUGCUUUUCAUACUCCCUGAAGUUGCUUGUGCUAUAGUAAUGAAACAUUUAUUUUUUUCUCCCUGUCAAUCAUCUGAAUUGAUUUUUCAGCUAAAAUACAAGGAGGUAACCUAGCCGAAAUGUGCAUGCAGAUCAAGAAUUCAAUCUCGAUAGAGCAGAAGAAAGCUAUAUGGGUGACAACAAACAUAUAUUAGUAUCCUAGGCCUGGCAGCAAGGGACAGGCUAACAGACUAAAUGAAAAUGUUUGGAAGUACGGCGGAAUAGAUGAAAACUGGCAACAAAAAUGCCAGAAUAUUAAAAUGAUUUUGUGAAGGUCAGGGUGAAAACAUGUUAUUUAGUUUUCAAUGUUCUGUUGGAAGCUUACUGUGAAUCCUGGUUCUAAUCUUUUGUUCAGAAGUAGUUGCUAGUUAUUUUUGCUAACCUGUAGAGAGAGAGACAUUGUAACUUCAGCUUUAGUUGGAAAAUGUGCUUCAUCAUAUGUUUUGUUAUGAUCAUGGGAGAUAGACAGCAGAGGAAUGGUUGCACUUUAAAAAUAAGUGAAGGCAAAUUAUUUUGUUGUAUUUUCCCCCCAUGAAAAUAUACUUUUGCUAUAAUAGUUGAGUUCUACGCCUGAUUAAUUGAUUGCUAUAAGUUGAAGGAUCCUACUGGGAAAUAACAAUGAUAAUGAGAAUAGAACUUUCAAGGACUCUGGUUUUAGAUGUAAAAAAAAACAAACUAAAAUUUGGAUGAGCUCUUGGAAUCAACUGUGAAGACUUUCUGACAUCAUUCCUUUGUUUGGUUCUCCUACAAAAAGACAUUUUGAUGUUAUUGUUUACAUAUUGGCCACCAAAAAGGGGCACUCACUCAAGGAAAAGUUUGAUCAUGACCUUGUACCCUCAUGAAAUAUUUGAGGAAUCCUCAACACUAUGGACAGUUACUUAAAAAUGUUUGGUGCUUGCCUUUCAUGAUCUCAUGUUAGAAAACAAAUGUAUGUAUAAGUUAAUUACAGCAUACUUCAAUAACACAUUGUGUACAGUUUUGUAAGGAAUUUCAGUCAUUGGACGCAGCAGUUCCCCCACUGUAUAUUUGGUCUGUUGUUAAAUAAUGAACUGUCCUAUGUCAGGUCAUCUUUCCUAUGUCAGGUCAUCUUUCCUAUGUCAGGUCAUCUUAGCUAUCUUAAGUAAAUGAAGGGAAAAUGAAACUAAAAUAUAAAAGACAAAAACUUUGAUAUUUGUCUCAUAGAAACUAACUGCACUUUCUGUUAUAGAAACUAACUUCACUUUGUCUCAUAGAAACUAACUUCACUAACUUCACCUUGUCUCAUAGAAACUAUAACUUCACUUUCUGUUAUAGAAACUAACUUCACUUUGUCUCAUAGAAACUAACUUCACCUUGUCUCAUAGAAACUAACUUCACUUUGUCUCAUAGAAACUAUAACUUCACUUUCUGUUAUAGAAACUAACUUCACUUUGUUUCAUAGAAACUAACUUCACUUUGUCUCAUAGAAACUAUAACUUCACUUUCUGUUAUAGAAAC